AUGCCUUAUGCCAACGGUAAUGGCAAACACGCUCCAGCUCAACAGGGGUAUUACCCGCCAGUCGCACCGCCCAUAGCGAAGCCGUAUGCGGGUCUACCAAAGUCGACGGUACCGCCCCCGGCACCGGGUGAUGCUCCGCCACCGUGGGAUGAUGCCGAUGGACACUAUGUCAUCGUCCAGGGGAACACCAUGGGAGAGAACGACAAGUACAAGAUCGUCAAGCUCUUGGGACAAGGUACUUUCGGCAAGGUCGUCGAGGCGCAAGCGGCGAGAGCGUUCAACAGGGUGGCCAUCAAGAUCAUUCGAGCGGUGCCAAAGUAUAGGGAAGCGAGCGCGAUUGAGAUCCGGGUGCUAAAAGCGCUCAAGGAGAACGAUCCUAGUAAUCGAUUCAAAUGCAUCUCUCUCUUGGAAUAUUUCGAUUUCCGAAAUCACAUCUGCUUGGUCACGCCUCUCCUCGGUCAGAGCGUCUUUGAUUUCCUCAAGGGGAACAGCUUUCAGCCAUUUCCAGAGGCGCAUAUCCAGAGUUUCGCCAAGGACCUCUUGACGAGUCUCAGUUUCGUACAUUCAUUGAACCUGAUUCAUACGGAUCUCAAACCCGAGAACAUUCUGCUCGUCGAAAACGGAGCCUACACCCUGGGACCAAGAGUAAAGGGGGCCAAACAGAAACACAUCCUGAGAAACGUAGACAUCCGAUUGAUCGAUUUUGGGAGCGCGACUUUCGACAACGAGUUCCACUCGUCGGUCGUCAGCACACGCCAUUAUCGUGCUCCCGAGAUUAUUCUCGGCCUCGGAUGGAGCUUCCCUUGCGACAUGUUCUCGGUCGGAUGCAUCCUUGUGGAAUUCUUCACGGGAGACGCCCUUUUCCAGACGCACGACAACCUGGAACAUCUCGCCAUGAUGGACGUGGUGAUGGGCAAGAUGCCCGUGGGGAUUGUCAGGAAAGCCAAAGCCCAGAAGGGAGAGUUUUUCAAGGGGAUGACGAUCGAUUUCCCCAACUCGUCGACUACCAAGAAUAGCAAGAAUUACGUCAAGAAGAUGAAGAGGCUCGAGGACAUUAUCCGGCCAGAUACGGACCACACUCGAGCUUUCUGUGAUCUGAUCAAGAAGCUCCUGGCUUGGGACCCGGCCAAGCGGAUAUCAGUCAACACGGCGUUGAAACAUCCUUACUUCAAGACGGUCGCAUCACCACCACCACCUGAACCCCGAACUCGCUAG